AUGUUUUCAUCAAAAUGGACCUCCAAGCCACGAGUAUUUCCAACUUCUGGGUUUGAGUUAAUUGAUCCAUCCUCCAAGAUCGAGGAAGAAACCCUACCAACCUAUUCCCCGGAGAGAUACUAUCCAGUCCAACAAGGGGAGAUCUUCGACAAUCGUUAUCAAGCGCUCUCCAAGUUAGGUUAUGGUGUUACUUCAACUGCUUGGUUAGCCUGUGACUUGGUUGAUUCCUCAUAUGUCGUCUUGAAAAUAUACACAUUGGGCCAAGCAAGAGAACAUGAGCUGAACAUCUAUAACCGAAUCAACUCUGUAGAAACAGACCACCCCGGGAGAAAGUUCAUUCGCAAAAUGUUCGGCCAUUUCUUUGUGAAUGGGCCCCAUGGCCGCCACGUUUGUCUCGUCCACGAACCUCUUGGUACUAACACUACCGAGCUGCUACGACAUAUUCCUGGUCGUGUAAUGACACUCGAAGGCAUGAAACCUGCUAUCCGCCAACUGCUUGGUGUCUUGGAUUUUCUCCAUUCAGUAGCUCGUAUCAUCCAUACAGACAUCCAGUUGAAAAACCUCCUCCUGCCCACACCGUCACCACGUGCAUUAUCUGAGUUUGAACAACACGAGUUUAACAGUCCAGUAGGAAGGAAGAUUCUCAAAGACCGAACGAUCUACACUAGCUCGCAAUUUCCAUCAGGGGAUGGCCUCCCUCGUCUAUGUGAUUUUGGAGAAGCCCGGCUCGAUCACGACGGACUGAGAGGAGAUAUCAUGCCUGACUACUAUCGUACCCCCGAAGUCAUCUUAAAAGGAGACUGGGAUUGCACAGUGGACAUAUGGAGUGUCGCUAUGGUUGCCUGGGAUAUAGUAUGCCCCCAUACCAUCAUCAAAGGUGAGGUCAGAGACGGUAUCUUCGAUGACGGAGUCCAUAUUGCAGAACUAGUUGCUUUACUUGGCCAUCCUCCACCCGAGUUCCUCGCGAAGAAACACAUGGGGUGGGUAUUUUGGGACGAAUCCGGCAGGUGGAAAGAUAUGGUCCCUAUUCCGGACCGAAGUCUCGAAAAGCUAGCCACGAAUAUCCAAGGAGAGGAUGUCGAGGGAUUUUUGCGAUGGCUACGACGAGCCUUCCAAUGGAACCCAGAGGAUCGUCCAACAGUCAUGGAGUUUUUAACAGACCCAUGGCUGAUGGAGGGACUGAACAUCAAAAAGAAGAAUGCAGCGAAUUGA